AUGACAUUUACCAUUUGUGUAGAUUCCUACAGUAAAGAUAUUGCCGAUAAAAAAGAAAAUGAAAUACCAUCGAUUCGCUUUUACGGGCAGAAGAAAAUGCAAAUUUCAUUACAAAGCGCAAACCAAGCAAUAUCGGCUCUGCAAGAUGAUAACUCAGAAAUUGAAGACGACGAAGAAGAAACUGAAGAAGGCUAUGAUCAAUCCGACGAUAAUCAAGACAACAAUGAUGAUCAAGAUAAUUGUUACAAUAAACAUGCCAACUUUGACAAUAAUGAAGAGACAUCAGAUGAAGAGCCGGUUGCCAGUACUUCCAAGCGUCAAAAGAAGAAAACUACAAUCGCUUGGAGGAAAACAAAAUUUGUAGCACCCAAUACAAGUUUUAUCCCAGAAAACGAUGAUGAUAACAGCACUUCUACGCCAGAUUCUCCGUUCGAAUAUUUCAGUCGGUAUUUCCCUUUGGAGAUAUUUACCCAGUUGGCCGAAUAUACUAAUAUAUACUCGGUUUUUAAGUCUGGAAAAAGUCUAAACACAACGGAAAAUGAAAUAAGGCGACUUGUGGCGCUUCAUAUUAUUAUGGGAAUAAUUAAUUAUCCGCGACUUCGUCUCUAUUGGGCACCACAAACCCAAUUCAACUUAGUACGUGACAUCGGACUAAGUAGAAAUAGAUUCGAAUCUCUUCGAAACAAUUUACAUAUUACAGAUGUAAAUAAAGACAAGAAUGAAAAAGAUAAACUCUGGAAGGUAAGGCCCAUAAUAAAACAUUUUGAGAAGAGGUGUGAAGAAUUACAAACGGAAGAAAAUUGCUGCUUAGAUGAGACUAUUAUACCCUUCAAAGGGCAGUUAUCUAUCAAGCAGUACAUUCGAGGAAAACCUAACCCAUGGGGUGUCAAAGUUUAUAAUUUAUGUGGAGAGUCUGGUAUCAUAUAUCGAUCCAUUGUUUAUCAAGGCAGUACAACCUUACCUGAACUAAAUCAUACGUUUUCAGCGACGACUCAGUUAGUUCUGCACCUCGCUGAAAGAUUACCAGGACAUCGCGGCCAUAAACUUUAUUUUGAUAAUUUUUUUAAUUCACUAGAAGUGUUACAACAAUUGUCAAAAAAAGGAAUUUUUGCGGCUGGUACAGUACGACCCAAUCGUUUGGGAAAAUGCAUUUUGAAGACCGACAACGAGCUAAAAAAAAUGGGAAGAGGAACGUCUGAAUAUUGCGUCACCCAAGACAACGAUAUCGUAGCUGUGAAAUGGUAUGACAACAAAGCUGUCAACAUGGCUUCCAAUUUUGUUGCUAAAGAUCCACUUGACCAAGUCAGGCGGUGGGAUAAAAAACAAAGAACGCCCCUUUCUAUUGAAAGACCAGCAAUUAUUAGACUGUAUAAUAAAAGCAUGGGGGGAGUAGAUAAAAGCGAUUUUUUGGUGGCUCUGUAUCGCACCUUCAUUCGUUCCAAAAAGUGGACCCUCCGCAUAAUCUUCCACUACUUCAACAUCGCCGUUUGCAAUUCAUGGCUGGAAUACCGAAGAGAUGCAAGUAAAGAAUCUGGUUCAACAAAACAAAAAGAUUUAUUGCAAUUUACGUUCGAUGUUGCUGAAGCUUUGGCUUUUUCAAAGGCAUUAGUGAGAACUCCAAAAGUAGGUAGACCCCGAUCACGUUCUGCAUCUCCACUCGCAUCCUCAGCUGAAAGUCCCAAAAGGCAAAAACAAUGUACACCGGUUGAAGAUGUACGUUUCGAUAAUCUUGCUCAUUGGCCAAUUUAUGUUGAGGGGCACGAGCAAAGAUGUAAACUUGAAACGU